AUGCAACCAAAAAUUCAACGUUUUAUAUCAAAAUUAUCAACAGCAAAUGAUUUAAAUCAACAAUAUACAACUGAUAAACAAUUUCAUUCAUUAACAUUAUCACCACAAAUUUAUACAAGUGAACAACAAAUUCGUCCACGUUGGACAAAUACACCAUCAACAGAACCAACAACAACAAUAACAAAUCCAAUUGUUGUCGAUGAAAAUCCUAUGUUACAAUAUGCACUUGCAUUAACUAUGUCAGAAAAUCCUGAUCAAAUUCCACCACUACCACAACCAGUAGUACCAUCAUCAACAAUAGAUAAAUGUGGAAACCUCGGAUUUAAAUCCGAGAGUUAUGUAUACUUCAAAAAGUGA